AUGUCCUCGCAACACAAAGAUGACAAGUACCUCGAAACCGUGGAGGUACGCUCGGUGUCCUCCAACGACCGCGAGAAGGGCUUCGCCGACGGCGUCAAGAUGCACGACGAGGUGUUUGGCGACAUCAACGAGGACGGUCCAAACUACCGUGGUUUGAGUGAUCUCGGGGCGAUCGUCAUCAUGACCAAGGCUAUGAUCGGCUUGGGUAUCUUAUCCAUUCCGUUCGUGUUCAUGGCGGUCGGGUUGGUUCCCGGCGUCAUUGUCAUUCUCGUCAUUCAGGUCAUGAUGACCUGGGCCAACUGGCAGGUCGGACAGACAAAGCUCCGCCACCCCGAUGUCUGGGGCGUCACGGAUGUUGGGCGUAAGAUUGCUGGCCGCUUUGGUGAAGAGUUCCUCAGCGUCGCAUUCCUCCUUUACAUGGUCUUCAUCGCGGGAAGCGCCAUCCUCGCCAUCUCUACGGCUCUGAACGCAAUCACACUCCACGCGACGUGCACAGCCGUGUUCGUGGCGGUUGCAGCCAUCAUCGGCUUCAUGCUCAUGUCAAUCAAGACUCUACAGGAGGUCUCGUGGCUCUCGUGGGUCGGAGCUGUGUCUAUCCUAGCUGCGCUCCUCAUGAUGGUCAUUGUCGUGCCCCUCCAGGACCGGCCAGCCGCUGCACCUCAGACCGGGCCAUGGGAGAAGGAUCUCAAGCUGUUCAACACGCCCACAAUCGCCGAAGCCCUCAGUGGCGUCUCUACAGUCGUCUUUUCCACUGCUGCCGCCCCGGCUUUCUUCUCCUUUGCGGCGGAGAUGAAGAACCCCCACGCCUACACCCGCUGCAUGCUCGUCUCUGAGGCCAUUGCCACGUCGUUCCUAGUGUUGGUGGGCUCCGUGAUCUACUAUUACUGCGGCCAGUACGUGGCUGUUCCGGCGCCUGGCUCCGCUGGUGUUCUCUUCAAGCGUAUCUGCUACGGCAUCGCCAUCCCGGGCCUCGCAAUGUCGCUGUGCAUCUACGCCCACGUCGCGGCAAAGUACAUCUUUGUCCGCACUCUGCGUGGUACCAAGCACCUCGCCACACACACCAAGCGCCACUGGAUCACGUGGUUUGCCUGCACCGGUGGCGUGACCAUCAUCGCCUACAUCAUCUCAUCUGCCAUUCCCAUCUUCAGCACGCUCUGCUCCCUGAUCGGCGCUCUGUUCGGUUGCUUCGUGUCGGUGUGCCCCAUGGGCCUUAUGUGGCUCAAGGACAACUACGUCGGCAACCGCAACCGUACGUGGAAGACUCACCUUGGGGCCAUGUGGGCCGUCUUCGUCUUCCUGUCUGGCGUCUUCCUCACAAUCGGCGGGACGUACGGCUCGAUUGUGGCCAUGGUCAAUUCCGGGACCGAGGGGAAACCCUGGUCGUGCGCCGACAACUCGGGCUCGGUCCCAACGGCAUAG